UGACAUCAUUGCUUUGCAAGAUUAGCUAGCGGCCUUUUCUACAAUUCGUAAAUUUUCAAAGAUUCUGCAGUAAAAUUUCAUUUUUUGUUUUAAAAAGAAUCCCAACUAAUAUCUGCUGUAGUGAAAGUUGAAUCAAAGAAUUCAAAAACAAUGGCAGCAGAGAUCAGUGGAAUUUUUCGUCAGGAGCUUCGUGAAUUGAUUUUGUCUUCAAAAAUCCUUGUAGUGGGUGCUGGUGGCAUUGGUUGUGAAAUUUUGAAGAAUCUUGUGAUGUGUGGCUUCAAAGACAUUGAAAUUAUUGAUCUUGACACAAUUGAUGUGAGCAACUUAAAUCGACAGUUUCUCUUCCAUAAAGAACAUGUUGGAAAAUCAAAAGCAAAUGUUGCACGAGAAACUGCAUUGAAAUUUAAUCCAAAUGUCGACAUCAAAGCUUAUCACGACAGUAUUUUUAAUACCGCAUACGGAGUGAGUUUUUAUCAACAAUUUAGCAUGGUCCUAAAUGCAUUGGAUAAUUUAAAAGCUCGAAAUCAUGUCAAUCGUAUGUGUGUAAAUGCAAGAGUUCCUUUAAUUGAAAGUGGAACAUCUGGUUACAAUGGCCAAGUUGAACUUAUCCAGAGAGGCGUCACACAAUGCUACGAGUGCACUGCUAAAGCAGCACAAAAAACUUUCCCAGGUUGCACCAUUCGUAACACGCCUUCAGAACCAAUUCAUUGCAUUGUCUGGGCAAAACAUUUGUUCAAUCAACUUUUUGGUGAGGACAACGCUGAUGAAGAUGUCUCACCUGAUACCGCUGACCCUGAAGCAUCUGGAGAAGCUGGCAAAGAUGCAAUGGUAGGAGAGUCGAAUGAACAGGGAAACAUAAAUCGAGUCAGCACUAAGCAAUGGGCUCAAAACAGCGAUUACAUGCCAGAAAAGCUUUUCAAUAAGUUUUUCUUCGACGACGUCAAUUAUUUGUUGAGCAUGUCGAAUUUAUGGAAGACACGAGCACCACCAAAGCCAAUGAAGUUUGGUGAGCUCGAUGUCAUUUCUGAUGUCAAUGAUUUAUCGCUUAACGUUGGCGUUAUUCGCGAUCAAAAAAUUUGGACAGUUGGCGAAUGUCAAAAAGUAUUCGCAGACAGCAUAAAUAAUCUCAAAUUACAAUCUCAGCAACUUAAAGAAGGCGAUCACUUAGUAUGGGAUAAAGAUGAUCAAGAUGCGAUGGAUUUUGUUACUGCUUGCGCAAAUGUACGUUCCAUGAUUUUCUCAAUUCCACAGAAGAGUCGAUUUGAUGUAAAGUCGAUGGCAGGCAAUAUCAUUCCAGCUAUUGCAACAACAAAUGCUAUAACGUCAGGCUUUGUUGUUCUACAUGCAUUUAAAGUGUUAGAAAAGAACUUUGAAUGCUGCCAAAACGUUUACAUGAGAUUAAGAGCAAAUCCUCGUAACCAAAUCUUUGUUCCAGAGAAGGAACUUUUGAAACCGAACCCCAAAUGUUAUGUUUGUGGAGACAAACCUGAAGUGAUCCUCAAAGUUGACACUGAUGUUGUAACAGUAAAGGAAUUGCGAGAUGAUAUCUUGAUAAAAGGCAUGAGUAUGGUCGAACCAGAUGUUAUGCUUGAUGGUAAAGGAAUCAUCGUAAUCUCAUCAGAAGAGGGCGAGACUGAAUGCAACGAAGGAAAAUUAUUAAAAGAACUUUCUAUUGUCGAUGGUUGCAUUUUAAAAGUUGAUGAUUUCUUCCAACAAUAUGAAUUGACAAUCACAAUUAUUCAUAAGACUGUUGGACGUGAUGAUCCUAAAUUUGAGAUUAUUGCUGAUCAAGAAGUUUUGAAACCAACAAAAGAAGAAACUUCUAGCAAAGAACCACAGCCAGGUCCUUCAGGCUUAAAUGGAGGAUCUUCAAAUGGAUCAAAACCAUAUGAAAGUGAUGAUGAUGAUGUUCUAUGUGUUGAAACAGUUCCACUCCAACCAUCAGCUGAAAAACGAAAACAUGCAGACGACGACGAACCAAGCUCAAAGCGAGCACGAGUUGAAAACAUUAAAACAGAAACUCCCCUUGAAGAAGUUGAAAUCGGCGAUCAGCAAUCAGUGUUAUUGAAAGUUGCUGGCCUUUAUGCAAGUCAUCUAUUAUCAGAUAUCAGUUUGGUAGUUGGAGAAAAUCGUUAUCCAGCUCAUCGUGUAAUUUUAUCUGCAAGCAGUGAAGUGUUCCAAUGUAUGCUGCUUAAUCCACAAUGGCAGGAAUGCAAAGAGAGUGUAAUAAAUCUAGUCGAGGAUCCUCAAAAUUGUCGAGUGUUUCCUCAGUUCCUGAAAUAUCUGUACACAGGACAAGUGAGAAUUUCAAUAGAAACAGCAAUGCCACUUCUCAGCCUUGCUGACAAAUACAAUAUCAAAGAUUUAAUAGUUUUGUGUAGAGAUUUCAUGUCGAAGAGUAUAGCAAUCGCUGGAAUUAAAGGAUAUCUUAUAUCAUGGCUUCAAUAUACUCUCUCAUUCAAUUAUCAUCAGCAAUUAACUAAUGAACUAAAAAACUUUCUUCGGCUCAACAUUGAAAUUGUCGGUUAUUCUAGAGAUUUCGUCGAUAUUGAUCCAAACAAUCUCGUCGUGCUUUUGCAACAAAACGAUUUGGUGAUUAAAAAUGAAGCUGCACUCUUUGAAAUUGUCGAGCGUUAUUUAAUGGCAAAACGGGAACAGAUUGAGCAUGAAGAAUCGUUAUCUGAUGAAGAGAAAGGAUGUCAUAUGAAAUCUCUGAUCGAGGGAAUUUGUAGUCAUAUACGCUUUCCUAUGAUGACCGUAUCUGAACUCGCAUCGAUACCACUCAAAGCUAUUACUUCAUUCAGCAAGGAAUUCUUUUGUGAUCGUAUGGCACUUGGAAUGUCUUUUCAUGCUGGACAACCGUUUCGUCUUUCAGAUUGUGAUAGCCACGAAAUCAACUUACAAUAUACGCCGAGGCUAUAUACUUGCGAUGUGUUUUGUCUGGAAAUGAAAGUAGAAGAGAUUCACAAUGUUGAUAAUUACAAAAAUUUUGGUGCUUGCUUCUUCAGUCUUUCAGAAUUUCCAUACAACAGCAAUGAUUCAUCUGAUGAGAACACAAUACAAUGGGAAAUUGAUUUCUUUCCUCGAGGAAUACGCUACAAUCGAGCACAAUUGAUAAAUGUGUACAACAUGCCAUUACAUCAUCAGGGUAAGGUUGAAGUACCUGAAACUAUUCUUAAAACUGUUCGAGUUCGUUGCACAUGUAAAGCAAAUUUAAUUGAAGAACAACGAUUUAAGAUUGCAGUUCUUGUCAGUGGAAAUCAAAACAACAUUACACACACAAGAACUCUUCACACCCGAAUUAAUUACUUCUCUCGUGAAAAUCGUGUAAUUAACAUCGAUAAUCUGGUUAACUAUGACGAGUUAUCCACAGAUCGAAGUCUUUAUUUAAUUGGUCCUAAUCAUGAUACUGUUCGUAUUCAUGUCAUUAUUACACCAAUGCAACAAGGACUCACACACGAUCCACCAAAUUUCGAUUUCAAAUGAGAUUUACUUCCAUUUAUUCUCUGUAGUGUCAUUAUUUUUAUCUUUUUCAUAAUGACAUAAUCAAAAAAAUACUUUCGAUUAAUAAAAUUAUUUAACAGAAUAAAA